GGCGAAUCCUGAUUAUCCAACGAAGGAUGAGUUGUCUGGUCGGAUGGUUUUUAUGAAUGCCGCUGAAUAUACGUUGUGAGAGGUCGCGGCAGAGCACAGACAAUGCGCUGCAGUAGUAUUUCGCAACAAGCUGGACAUGACUACGUGGACCGGAUUCUUGACCAUCGUCGUGCUCGGCGGCAGCCUCUUCCUCAUGCUUGUGGCCCCGUACUUCAUUGCCAAGAUGCAACCGGCCCUGCCAGUUGACUGCGGCGACAUCCACGCCCCGCACGCCAAGCGACUCGCCAAGCAGCACGUCAAGCGGCUAUGGCGCACUUACUUUUUUCACUGCGACCGCCUCAACCGCCACAUGCAGAGCUUCACGUUCAUCUGCCUCUUGAGCAAUAACGUGUCCGUAGCCGAAAUCCCGGACGUUGUGAUGAUCUCCAUCAUGGUCGGCGUCCUUGCGCACGCGUGGUACGGCUGCGACCACGCCGUGAGCCAAAAACGGGCCGACCACGAACGCGAGCAGUGGGCAAAGCACCUCGAACAUGUCAAAGAGAACAAGCGCAGUGGCAAAUAGGGUCUAUUGUACUUGAGUAAUGUACUGAUUGCCAUGGAACUGUGGCACAUUAGUCUUGGGACAUCCCCU